CAAACAUUAAUGAGUAAACUUUACAGUCACUGUCCUCGGAGAGGUGACUUCAUCAGCCGCAUUUGUGUUGUAUUUAAGAAUCAGAUGCAAGUAUUUCCUGCAGCAUAUCACGGAUUCAUGAGCAGCACCCAAGCCCUGAGAGACGUUGGAUCUUUGUGAAAGCUUGUAAACCUCCUAGUGCUGACUUGGUCUUACUUAGGUUAAUAAUGAUAAAGCAGGCAUUGCUAGGUAUUCUGUGUGGGGCUGCUGUACUGACUGUUGGCAUCCUGAUCGGACACUAUGGCAUCGAGAAGAGCAGCGACUCCUCACCAUCCUGGGUGAAGGAUGUGGCAAAGGACGUGGAUGAAGACCUCAUUCAACAGUUCAUGUCUGAGGUGGACAACAUUGAGAUACAGGAAAACCUGAGGGAGUUGACUAAAGUGCCCCACAUGGCCACCACAGCUGGAGAUGAGGUAACAGUACAGUUUAUGCUGAAGAGAUGGCAGGACCCUGAAAAUGGUUUGGAUGCAGCCUGGAGAGAGGAAUACAAGGUGUAUCUGUCAUUCCCUGACCCCGAUAACCCCAAUAAAGUCACUGUGGCGAAUACGGUGCUCCACACUGUCAGAGAAAAGGAGAAAACGUAUACUCCAGACCAGGAUGAUCCUGCUGUGGUUCAGCCAUACGCUGCAUACUCUCCUGCCGGAAACCCAAAGGGGAAACUGGUUUAUGCUAAUCAGGGGAAACCAAGUGAUUACGAUCAUCUAAACCAGACGACGGACCUCAGAGGAACCAUUGCUAUUGUCAGAUAUGGUGGAGCAGGUAGAGGAGCCAAAGCCAUCAAUGCAGCCCCCUAUGGCGUAAUCGGUGUCCUUGUCUACACAGAUCCUCUGGACAUCAACGAUGGUCUCAUGUCCGACGUCAAUGAGACGUACCCUCACUCCUGGUACUUGCCGCCCUCCGGUGUAGAGAGAGGUUCCUUUAACAGUGAUUUUGGAGACUUGCUCACCCCCUACCUGGCUGCCAAAGAGGAAACCUACAGAAUCCCCACAGAAAAUAUAACAGGAAUCCCCCCAAUUCCGAUUCAACCAAUCGGAUUUGAGGAUGCCUACAUACUGAUCUGUGAAUUGGGUGGAGGUGCAGCUCCAAAUGACUGGCAGGGAGGAUUCAACUGUACCUACAAUUAUGGUGGUCCAGGAUUCAAACCAACAUCUGCUUUCAACAACAGUGAUGUGAAAAUGGACAUCUUCAAUCAUGAAACGACGACAAACUCCUCAAAUGUGAUGGGAGUUAUCAGAGGAAGCGUGGAGCCUGACAGGUAUGUGAUUUACGGGAACCACCGGGACAGCUGGGUUCACGGCGCCAUCGACCCCAGCAGCGGAACAUCGGUCAUGCUGGAAAUUACCCGGGUGCUGGGCAGGAUGGUCAAGCAGGGUGAGGAGAGUCGAGGCGAAAGGAGGAGUGCUUCUUUUUGUUUUGAGCUCGACGGCUCAUCUUCGUGCCCCUCUUUGGCAGGCAAAUGGAGGCCUCGUAGGUCCAUCAUCUUUGGGAGCUGGGGAGCGGAGGAGUUUGGCCUCAUCGGGUCUGCAGAGUACACAGAGGAUUACUUCACAAAGCUCAGUGAACGCACCGUUGCUUACAUAAACGUGGACAUAGCUGUCUUUGCCAACGCCACCCUCAGAGUCUCAGGCAUGCCAUCGAUGCAGAAUGUCAUCUUCCAAGCCACAAAACAGGUCAGCGCGCCCGGACUGAGCUCCACAUCUGUGUACAACAACUGGAUACGAGCAGGAAGUGAUUACGCUGCCUUUGUCCAUUACCUGGGAAUCACCUCCAUGGAUAUGUCAUACACAUAUGACCGGAGUAAAACCAAUGCUCGGAUUUACCCUGCUUACCACACAGCCUAUGACACUUUUGACUACGCUUCAAAAUUCAUCGACCCCGGAUUUACAAGUCAUCAGGCAGUCGCCAGGACAGCAGGAAAUAUUCUGAUCCGACUAGCUGAUAGCUUGGUUCUGCCACUGAACUAUGCAGACUACGCCGAGAGUCUGGAGAGGUACCUGGAAGUGGCAGUCAAUCUUUAUGAGGAGCAACUUCAUGCUAGGAAUAUCUCCAUGGAGCCACUAAAACUUGCGGUUGCCAGUUUUCGCAGAGCGGCCGAUCAUUUGAACCAAGUGAUUCAGAGCUCAGACCUUCCAAACCAAUCGCCCCUCAUGGUCAGAAAGAUCAAUGAUCAACUUAUGCUGCUGGACCGAGCGUUUCUGAAUCCACUGGCCUUCCCAGACAAAUACGCAUUCAGGCAUGUGAUCUGGGCUUCAAGUAGUGCUGGCAGGCCCACAUUUCCAGGCCUAGCAGACGCCUUUGCCAACGCUGACUGGGAAAAAGCGCACUACCACGUGUCGGUGUUGAGUCAGGCCAUCGAUGGAGCGGCCAACAUUUUAACGGACGUCAUAUAAGCACAACUGAGGAGCGAUAAGCUGCAUCCAUGUAACAUGAAUGGAUUUGGAUUUAUCCUGUCUUCAAUUUUAAAAAAAACCCUUGAAAGCUAGAUGAUAUUACGAAUAUCUGAUUUAAUAUAUGUUUCUUCUUUAAAUUACCAGUAAAUAAUCUACGCAUUCUGGAGACUGAGAUGUAAUGUUAUUGAGUUUCUAAUGGCUGUUUUAUUGUAAAGUUUUCCGUUUUAUUGUUGUGUUGUGUUUUGCUCCUCAGGGGCCUCAAAAUUUCUCAGGCACACACACACAAAAGUAUGAUUCUUCACAAACACCUGGCUGUGU